GUAACAUUUGGUAUCAGAGCCGACUGAUCCUACGAUAAUGGAGACUCCGACGGUCCGAACCAAAGCGUUGCUUUAACAAGAGGUGCAAGGGAUCACAAUCUUCAGACAGGAGAUGCGGGAGAGUUUUGUUGCUCUCAUUGCAAGAUUCGAUCUAUUUCUCGGCCAACGGCAGAUGGCGAAGGGCGAAGGGUUGAAGGUCGAGCAUGCCAAUGUUCGAGCUCCACCAAGCCCUCCAAUGACGUCAAUGGAGCAACCUGCGCCACCAGUGACAGCCGCGGUGCAACCGGCGAGCGGGCAGCAACUCCCCGUUGAAGAGCCGUUACCAACUCUUGUCUAUGCUCCCGUCAAAAUCAUGAACACCGAGCCAACAAUUCCAUCAUUCUUCAUCGUCCCCAUCCUGAACGCGAUUGUAGAGACGCCAGAUAACCUAGCAUCAUAGGGCAUUGUUAAUAGCCUCGUUGGAGAGUAGAUGUCAGCGCCGCCAUUAAACACCAAAACCGCUUCACUUUCUCCAAGUUUUUUCAUCAAGCAACAUCAUAAGGAGAAGAGGCAAUUUUUGGUUGUUAGUUGUCGGCCACUACAAAUACAUGGGUGCAUUCUCCCAUCGUGUAUCAAUAGUGUGGAAGGAGAUGUCGAUCCCAAUUGGAAGUUUAGAAAAAAAAAACAACCACAAUGGAAGGGGGACCGGCGACAACGACUUAGCGGCGACGCAUACUCGCCGUUAUUAAGUGUCGGUUGAUUCUUGUGAGCAAGAAUCAUUUCAAGGGGGAUGGAAUUUCAUGUGCUUUAAUUAUUUUUAUUUAAUUAAGUGUCUCUACUGUU